AGUUCUCGCUGCCCCGGAGGCUAUGCUACUGCUAGGAGCCGGCGCAGGGUGGUCGGGGGGGGUGAGCAGGGUGCCGCUGGCUGCUGGGGUCUGCAGGUCACCGAGUCCCCAGGAGAGGGGACUCCUAAGAAGGCACCCGCCUGUGUUUACCCGGCAGCGAGCGCGCCGGCCCCCGGGAACUCCCGGCAGCGCACAGGAAAGGCCGUUGCGCCCCGCGAGGGAAACAGAGCCGUUGACCAUGGUUGCAACUGGCAGUUUGAGCAGUAAGAACCCGGCCAGCAUUUCAGAAUUGCUGGACUGUGGCUAUCACCCAGAGAGCCUGCUAAGUGAUUUUGACUACUGGGAUUAUGUUGUUCCUGAACCCAACCUCAACGAGGUAAUGUUUGAGGAAUCAACUUGCCAGAAUUUGGUUAAAAUGCUGGAGAACUGUCUGUCCAAAUCAAAGCAAACUAAACUUGGUUGCUCAAAGGUCCUUGUCCCUGAGAAACUGACCCAGAGAAUUGCUCAAGAUGUCCUGCGGCUUUCCUCAACAGAGCCCUGUGGCUUGCGAGGUUGUGUUAUGCACGUGAACUUGGAAAUUGAAAAUGUAUGUAAAAAGCUGGAUAGGAUUGUGUGUGAUUCUAGCGUGGUGCCUACUUUUGAGCUUACACUUGUGUUUAAGCAGGAGAACUGCUCAUGGACUAGCUUCAGGGACUUUUUCUUUAGUAGGGGUCGCUUCUCAUCUGGUUUCAGGAGAACUCUGAUCCUCAGCUCAGGAUUUCGACUUGUUAAGAAAAAACUUUAUUCACUGAUUGGAACAACAGUCAUUGAAGGGUCCUAAAAAGGGAAAAUAUAUAAAGCUUAUUUCAUGAUUGGGUAGUAAAACUAUUCAGCUAGUCAGCUAAAGUCAUUUGUAGUUUGCCCCACCUGUCCUCAAUAAGAAACCCCAAAUGUAGUCCAUUUUCUUUCUGUAUUUCACAUUCUUAGCAACUGCGCUAACAGGCUGAUUUUCUGGCCUUUCAAGAAGUGAUCCGAAAUAGUGUACAUUUUCUGCAUAUAUCCCAUUUUUGUACAGAAUUGAAUGGGAUGGAAUAGGUAAGCAAAAGUAGAAGUCCAUUUGAGUUUUACAUUUGAUUCCACAAUUUUGUUUCAGGUAGGCUUGGUAAUAGACUAUAUAAACCAGAUUUGCCUAGUUUGAUUUUCAUAUGACUUUUUUUUCUGUAAGUUUUCAGGGUGAUUCUUUAAAUCACAGAAUCUUACUCAAUGAUACUUAGCUGAUCAAAACUUCCAGAAGCCCACACCACCAGUUCAUGACUCAAAUUUGAAGAGUUCUUAGACAGGAGGGUAGGAUUAAGUAGGUGAGUUUAAUUAAAACUUAACCCUAGGUAAGAGUGAAUGAGAAAUAUUAUGGCAAUAAUGGAACUGCUUCACUGUUUCUUGGUGACUUCCUCACUCUAAUGUUUUAAAGAGGUGACGAAAGUUUGUGCUACCAUUUCAGUAACCACGGUGUUGUUUUAGAUGCCUUUAAAAGCUCAGUUUCCCUUGUUCUUAAGUGUUGAAUAUUGUCUUUAAACUAGAAAAAUGCAAAACAUUGAACUGAUAUUUUUGUGUGUAAUUGAUUACUCUUCCACUGAGUGAAUGAUGAAUACCUGUGAGGAUAGGACAUUAGUUCUGAGAUCUAGUCCCUCUCUGAUUCACUUAGUAAUCUGUCUUCUUUUCAGUAUUACAUAUGCUUAAUCUCAUAUGAACGAUUUCACCAUGUCAGUAUUAUCUCAUCUCUGGGCUUUUCUGGGAAUUGAGGAAUCUCUCCUUAACCCCAAUUGUCAAGGGCAGUAGCUGUAUACUACCACUUUGAAUUAUUGAAACGGGUCAAUUUACAAAGUCUGCAUUGGCUAUGGAAAUAUGGUUUAUAGUACAGCCUAGAGAAUGAAACUCACAGUCCAGAUAACCAUGCGCGCACCCAGAUUUUUUCCACCUUGGAUACCUGUCACUAGGGAAUAAUAAAGGCCUUACUUUUUGUCUUAUUCCGACUAAGUAGAUCAUUAUCUCUUUCCUUUUUUAUGUUAAUGAGAGAAUUUAGCCUCUACUCAACAAUGUUCAAUUCAGCAAGGCUUUCAUAUCCUUGCUGUGGCUCAUGGAUAAGGAGCUUUAUUCAGGUUUCUUGCCCUAGCUAUUAGCUCCAUUUCACAUACUGGAACAGAUGUAGGGACAGAUGUAUUCAUCCUGGUGUUACUGAAAAACAGGUGUGAUCCUGUUACUGAUACUAUAAGUGACCUAAAAUGUCACUGUUCAAAUUAGCAAGUGUUCUAACAAACUAAACUCUUCAAAUGCUUGGAAAGAUACUACAAAGCCAAUCUUUAUAGAAUUGGGCCAAGAUAAAUCAACGUCAUUUUGCAUGUCUGUUGUCAGGCUCCAAAGGUUCACUGUGUUUCUGCUGCUGUCCUGGAGUUGUCACCACUGACUGGGCAAGGCUUCUUGGGCAUGGAUGUAGAACUGUUGUCCUUUUUCCACUAACAGUUAUCUUUGAUUCUCUUGCCUGUUAUGCUUACAAAAUGGUGAUGGCUUAUGGAGGCUGUUAAAUUAAUAUUCCUGUUAAAGGAAAUUAAAAUUUGUCUAUUUUUUGACAAUAAAGCAUUAUAUAUUUUUAA